CCCGCCAGACAUAUGCAAAGAAGCUCCGGAUCCACUAAAAAAACCGAACGAACCGACCCAACAACGGCCAACACAACUGAAUCAAGUCGGGUCGAACCGAAUCCAAGCCAAUCAAAUCGAAUCGCCUUCCUUCCAUCUUCGAUUCGAACUCUCCCCAAGAAAAAGAGCUUCGAGAAAAACAUGGCGGCGCCGCCCGCCACCGCCGCCCUCGCCCUCCUCCUCGUCGGAACGCUCGCCCUCGCGCUCCUCGGCCUCCCCGACGGCGCCGCCUCCGUCCCCGUCGAGGAGCUCGACGCCGCGCUCGCCGCCCUCCGCUCCCGCGGCUACCGCCUCGCCGCCAACGCCGCCGCCGCCUCCGACCUCCGCUUCGACCUCCUCUCCGCCGCCUCCGCCACCAUCUUCGCCCCGGUCGACUCCGCCCUCUUCGCCCUCGGCAUGGCCCUCCCCGCCCCGGCCUAUCUCUCCGUCCUCCGCUCCCACGCCGUCCCCCGCCGCCUCUCCGCCGCCGACCUCCGCCGCGUCCGCUCCUCCGCCGCCGCCAUGGUGGUCCCGACCCUCCUCCCCUCGCGGUCUCUCCGCGUGACCGUGGGCCAGCAUUCCGACGCGAUCGCCGUGGAUGGCGUCGAGCUGGCGGUGCUCGGGGUUUUCUAUGGCCGCGACGUGGCGGUGCACGGGCUCCGCGGCGCUCUUAGCAUCCAAUCUCAGUUUGGAGCCAUGGACGGCGGUGCUCCUCAGCCGGUGCUUCGCCGGAUCCCCAGUUCGAUCUUUUUCCGCGUCCCCGAGGUUGCUUCGCCGGCCAGCCACGUGAAUGAUCGUUCCAGUCAGCGCCCUGCCAACCUCACUGAUUCCUCGCCUCCGGAAUCGCAAGAUCGCUAUUCGCCCUCGCCGGAGUUUCCGCCAUACGCAGCGCCGGAGAUUCAACCCUUGUCGGCACCUUUGCCCGCCCCGGCGGAGAUUAGUUCCGUUGCUCUAAUGGGUGAGGGCGGCGACGACGGUGACAGGAGAGGAAGAUAUGGGCUUCCAGGCGAUCCGGCGCCGACAAUGACGCCACUGUUCAACGGCGGGGGCAAACGAGAGGGUUCACUCGAGAUAUCCGAGCCUUUCGACAAGGAAACCAUGUCCAUUGAGGAAGUCUUUGACGACGACGAUGACGAGUUUUGGGACGACGAUACCCUUUUGGCUUGACGGCUCGCCGGAUAAUGGGGGGUGCAUCACGCCGCCGGCGACGGGGAGAGAUGAGGGUGUCUCUCAGAUCUUCUCCUGUGAUGAUAUUCAUAACGACGGCCAGAGUCCUCUGGGUACAUUUGAUUAAUUCGCUUCAGCCGAUCUAAUAAAAGGAAGUUGUGGCGCUGAUCCGCGAGCGCCGGGCAGAGACAUUUUGGUUUCGAAUCGAAAAUGUAUGCGCGAUUGGCAAAGCUACUUCCCAGCCAACAUAGGAAAUAUCAAACGUCCAAGCAAAAUGCGAAAUGCAAAGCCACUCCAACGCCGUAUCGAUCGACCGGAAGAUUGUACGACUAAACAAGCUCGUGUUGCAACCGAAAAACAAAUGGCAGAGGAUUCGAAACCCGUCAAUCAGAUCCCUGCACGAGGAAUGGGGAAAGAAGGGGCGAAGGUCCGAAAGAUGUCGGCGUUGCUGGUAAGGGAAUGGCGGGCUGUCAGCUCAAUAAAAGAUGGAAGAGAGGAGGCAAUUGAACGCUCAGUACUGUGAGAAAGCAGGAAUGGCAACAUAAGAGGCUUGCCAGUGAAUUCACAUUAGGUUCAUAUACCGCCUGCACUUAAAAAACUAGCACUUUUCUUGUCAACUAUCAAGACAGACCCAGAAAUUGCGACGGGGUUGCAUCGUCCGAGAGAGUUUGUUCUUCAUGUAAAGCUUCAUCGUUGAGAGAGAAUGCUCGCAAAAAGGAUAACUUUGAUAUCAAAAGUACGAUGCCCAUUCACAUCGAGAUGCAACUGAUGGCUCCGGAAAAUAACUCCGAUCUCACACCGAUGAAAGUAUCGGUUUGAUCUAAAUCUCACAUAAGAUACACCAGGCAUAUUUCAUAUCCAGGGGGAACUUAGACAAAAUAAAGCAGCAAUACAAACACUAUGAAAAAA